CGUUUCAAUCUGAGCAAAUCUUUUCGUUCUCAGCUGUUUCCACAUUUUGCUGCUUAAAAAUCACAAACACCUGCUGCCGCGCUGAUUUAAACGAGUUUUCCUGCAGCGUGCCUCCAUUGUUUCACCCUAAUAUUCAUGAACCAAAUGCACCAGUGGUACUGAUGCCCUGCAGGAGAUGACAGCAGCAUUGACUUCCAGACCCCAGAAACACUGACGCACCAAACCUGAUGGACCAGCUGACUCUGAGCUGCAUGUGAUGCUGAUGGGAGAUGUGUAAGAUGGACUCCAGCACGGAUUCAGACUCUGAGAUCAGCCCCAGGCGGUCGGACACCAGCACUCUGGGAUGUGUGAGCAGCGCACCAGAAAGCAGAACCUCCUGCCGGACCGUGGCGUUGACAUACAAGUCUGCAGGAAGACAUGGCUGCUGUUCGCUGUUUUUGGACCCGUAUGAUGGGAGCUCAGAGGAUUCUGAGGAGCCAAACGGUGCCAGCAGGGAGAAGAGGCAGCAAGGAGGACGCAGCGGCUCUGGCCAGAGAAGGCGAUUGUUGCGUCACCACGCCGCCUCUUUAACACUCAGUGAAAUGGUGACAAACAGCAGCAGAGACUCCUCAACACAUUAUCAGUCUGUAGUUCAUCAAAGUGUAAGCUAUUCAGCAAAGGGGAACCAUGCUAUGGAUGUAGAGGUGCAGCUUGGUGGCUCCGGGUUGGAUGCAGGCUGCAGCCCUGGAUUUCUGCCCCCAGAGGAAAGGAGCUCCUGUCGGAUCAGCAGCUGCUCUUCGCUCAGGCCGCUCUGCAAGAGGAAGGAGCUCCCACCUGGAGGACAGGUGGAGGCGGAGCCAAUGAAGAGGCAAUGUGUUAGAAACAUGGAGGAGGAAGCUGAUGAACAAUGAUGGAGGCUACUGGUCAUAAAUGCUGUUAAGUUUCAUAUUGUAUGCAGAAAUGCAGGUUUGUUUUUGCUGAAAUUAAUGUUUAAUUUGACUUGUUUUGAUUUCCCAGGAAUAUUUAUAUUAAGUUUCAUCUAAUAGAUUCAUUGUAAAGAUUAGAUUCCUCCUGAUUUUUAAAAUUCCCCUAAUUUUAGCCAUAAUUUGGUCCAAUAAGUUGAAAUUUAUUUCAUUUUCACUGAGCAAAUGAUUAAAAUUCUCCAGGAUUUGCUGUUAACUUGGACCUUUACGUUGCUGUGAAACCAAAGCUUUUACAUUUCAUUGAGUGUUUGGAGCAAAAAGGCUAAAUUAAAGAUUAUCACGUUUUAAUCUGUGUGGUGUGUUGAUUAUGUGAGAACAUGUGGGCGGGCUGGUAGAAACUCAGAUAAGGAGCAGAUCACCUUCAGUCUGUUGCUAUGUUGAUCAACUAUUUUAUUUAUAUAGCAGGUUGGAAAUUACUUGACAGUAAAAGUUUUUCUUCAUGUCAGUAAGUAACUUUCAAUUAAAGCAGGCAAAGAAAAGCCACAUUCGGAGUACCCCAGGGUUCCACUUUGGCCCCUUUUAUUUAAUAGAAACAAUGGAAAUCAGAAAAACAUUUCAACUGGACCAGAACUGGCUGCUGCAUCAAAACCCAAAACACAUCUGUGAAUCUACCCAGGACUGGCUGAAAAAUGGAGAUAUGAGCCUAGUCAAAGCCCAGGUUAUGGAGUUUAGGAAGCAGGGCUGUUCAAUAAUCUCGGAUCAGCAUAAAUUAAAAGAAAAUAAAGGCUUCAGUUUUUGUUUUUAAAAACAUGGGAUAUCUAUUCUCACAUGUGAUCAGAUUAAAGGUUUCAUUCAUUUACAUUUUCUAAAGAGCGAUCAUGUUGCUACAGUAACAGAUUAGUUUUACUAUAAAGCUGAGAUUAUUGGAUGUUGGAGGCUAAACUCACCUUUUAUUUUAAUUUUUUGCAAUAAAAUA